AUGCUGAUGAGGAUGUUGAUGCUGAUAAGGAUGUUGACGGUGAUGCUGAUGAGGAUGUUGACAGUGAUGCUGAUGAGGAUGUUGACGGUGAUGCUGAUGAGGAUGUUGAUGCUGAUGAGGAUGUUGACAGUGAUGCUGAUGAGGAUGUUGACGGUGAUGCUGGCGCCCACCAUGCUGACCAUCCCCUUCCUACUACCAGCACGCAACUUCCUACUACCAGCACGCAACUUCCUACUACCAGCACGCAACUUCCUACUACCAGCACGCAACUUCCUACUACCAGCACGCAACUUCCUACUACCAGCACGCAACUUCCUACUACCAGCACGCAACUUCCUACUACCAGCACGCAACUUCCUACUACCAGCACGCAACUUCCUACUACCAGCACGAAACUUUCUACUACCAGCACGCAACUUCCUACUACCAGCACGCAACUUCCUACUACCAGCACGCAACUUCCUACUACCAGCACGCAACUUCCUACUACCAGCACGCAACUUCCUACUACCAGCACGCAACUUCCUACUACCAGCACGCAACUUCCUACUACCAGCACGCAACUUCCUACUACCAGCACGCAACUUCCUACUACCAGCACGCAACUUCCUACUACCAGCACGCAACUUCCUACUACCAGCACGCAACUUCCUACUACCAGCACGCAACUUCCUACUACCAGCACGCUACUUCCUACUACCAGCACGCAAAUUCCUACUACCAGCACGCAACUUCCUACUACCAGCACGCAACUUCCUACUACCAGCACGCAACUUCCUACUACCAGCACGCAACUUCCUACUACCAGCACGCAACUUCCUACUACCAGCACGCAACUUCCUACUACCAGCACGCAACUUCCUACUACCAGCACGCAACUUCCUACUACCAGCACGCAACUUCCUACUACCAGCACGCAACUUCCUACUACCAGCACGCAACUUCCUACUACCAGCACGCAACUUCCUACUACCAGCACGCAACUUCCUACUACCAGCACGCAACUUCCUACUACCAGCACGCAACUUCCUACUACCAGCACGCAACUUCCUACUACCAGCACGCAACUUCCUACUACCAGCACGCAACUUCCUACUACCAGCACGCAACUUCCUACUACCAGCACGCAACUUCCUACUACCAGCACGCAACUUCCUACUACCAGCACGCAACUUCCUACUACCAGCACGCAACUUCCUACUACCAGCACGCAACUUCCUACUACCAGCACGCAACUUCCUACUACCAGCACGCAACUUCCUACUACCAGCACGCAACUUCCUACUACCAGCACGCAACUUCCUACUACCAGCACGCAACUUCCUACUACCAGCACGCAACUUCCUACUACCAGCACGCAACUUCCUACUACCAGCACGCAACUUCCUACUACCAGCACGCAACUUCCUACUACCAGCACGCAACUUCCUACUACCAGCACGCAACUUCCUACUACCAGCACGCAACUUCCUACUACCAGCACGCAACUUCCUACUACCAGCACGCAACUUCCUACUACCAGCACGCAACUUCCUACUACCAGCACGCAACUUCCUACUACCAGCACGCAACUUCCUACUACCAGCACGCAACUUCCUACUACCAGCACGCAACUUCCUACUACCAGCACGCAACUUCCUACUACCAGCACGCAACUUCCUACUACCAGCACGCAACUUCCUACUACCAGCACGCAACUUCCUACUACCAGCACGCAACUUCCUACUACCAGCACGCAACUUCCUACUACCAGCACGCAACUUCCUACUACCAGCACGCAACUUCCUACUACCAGCACGCAACUUCCUACUACCAGCACGCAACUUCCUACUACCAGCACGCAACUUCCUACUACCAGCACGCAACUUCCUACUACCAGCACGCAACUUCCUACUACCAGCACGCAACUUCCUACUACCAGCACGCAACUUCCUACUACCAGCACGCAACUUCCUACUACCAGCACGCAACUUCCUACUACCAGCACGCAACUUCCUACUACCAGCACGCAACUUCCUACUACCAGCACGCAACUUCCUACUACCAGCACGCAACUUCCUACUACCAGCACGCAACUUCCUACUACCAGCACGCAACUUCCUACUACCAGCACGCAACUUCCUACUACCAGCACGCAACUUCCUACUACCAGCACGCAACUUCCUACUACCAGCACGCAACUUCCUACUACCAGCACGCAACUUCCUACUACCAGCACGCAACUUCCUACUACCAGCACGCAACUUCCUACUACCAGCACGCAACUUCCUACUACCAGCACGCAACUUCCUACUACCAGCACGCAACUUCCUACUACCAGCACGCAACUUCCUACUACCAGCACGCAACUUCCUACUACCAGCACGCAACUUCCUACUACCAGCACGCAACUUCCUACUACCAGCACGCAACUUCCUACUACCAGCACGCAACUUCCUACUACCAGCACGCAACUUCCUACUACCAGCACGCAACUUCCUACUACCAGCACGCAACUUCCUACUACCAGCACGCAACUUCCUACUACCAGCACGCAACUUCCUACUACCAGCACGCAACUUCCUACUACCAGCACGCAACUUCCUACUACCAGCACGCAACUUCCUACUACCAGCACGCAACUUCCUACUACCAGCACGCAACUUCCUACUACCAGCACGCAACUUCCUACUACCAGCACGCAACUUCCUACUACCAGCACGCAACUUCCUACUACCAGCACGCAACUUCCUACUACCAGCACGCAACUUCCUACUACCAGCACGCAACUUCCUACUACCAGCACGCAACUUCCUACUACCAGCACGCAACUUCCUACUACCAGCACGCAACUUCCUACUACCAGCACGCAACUUCCUACUACCAGCACGCAACUUCCUACUACCAGCACGCAACUUCCUACUACCAGCACGCAACUUCCUACUACCAGCACGCAACUUCCUACUACCAGCACGCAACUUCCUACUACCAGCACGCAACUUCCUACUACCAGCACGCAACUUCCUACUACCAGCACGCAACUUCCUACUACCAGCACGCAACUUCCUACUACCAGCACGCAACUUCCUACUACCAGCACGCAACUUCCUACUACCAGCACGCAACUUCCUACUACCAGCACGCAACUUCCUACUACCAGCACGCAACUUCCUACUACCAGCACGCAACUUCCUACUACCAGCACGCAACUUCCUACUACCAGCACGCAACUUCCUACUACCAGCACGCAACUUCCUACUACCAGCACGCAACUUCCUACUACCAGCACGCAACUUCCUACUACCAGCACGCAACUUCCUACUACCAGCACGCAACUUCCUACUACCAGCACGCAACUUCCUACUACCAGCACGCAACUUCCUACUACCAGCACGCAACUUCCUACUACCAGCACGCAACUUCCUACUACCAGCACGCAACUUCCUACUACCAGCACGCAACUUCCUACUACCAGCACGCAACUUCCUACUACCAGCACGCAACUUCCUACUACCAGCACGCAACUUCCUACUACCAGCACGCAACUUCCUACUACCAGCACGCAACUUCCUACUACCAGCACGCAACUUCCUACUACCAGCACGCAACUUCCUACUACCAGCACGCAACUUCCUACUACCAGCACGCAACUUCCUACUACCAGCACGCAACUUCCUACUACCAGCACGCAACUUCCUACUACCAGCACGCAACUUCCUACUACCAGCACGCAACUUCCUACUACCAGCACGCAACUUCCUACUACCAGCACGCAACUUCCUACUACCAGCACGCAACUUCCUACUACCAGCACGCAACUUCCUACUACCAGCACGCAACUUCCUACUACCAGCACGCAACUUCCUACUACCAGCACGCAACUUCCUACUACCAGCACGCAACUUCCUACUACCAGCACGCAACUUCCUACUACCAGCACGCAACUUCCUACUACCAGCACGCAACUUCCUACUACCAGCACGCAACUUCCUACUACCAGCACGCAACUUCCUACUACCAGCACGCAACUUCCUACUACCAGCACGCAACUUCCUACUACCAGCACGCAACUUCCUACUACCAGCACGCAACUUCCUACUACCAGCACGCAACUUCCUACUACCAGCACGCAACUUCCUACUACCAGCACGCAACUUCCUACUACCAGCACGCAACUUCCUACUACCAGCACGCAACUUCCUACUACCAGCACGCAACUUCCUACUACCAGCACGCAACUUCCUACUACCAGCACGCAACUUCCUACUACCAGCACGCAACUUCCUACUACCAGCACGCAACUUCCUACUACCAGCACGCAACUUCCUACUACCAGCACGCAACUUCCUACUACCAGCACGCAACUUCCUACUACCAGCACGCAACUUCCUACUACCAGCACGCAACUUCCUACUACCAGCACGCAACUUCCUACUACCAGCACGCAACUUCCUACUACCAGCACGCAACUUCCUACUACCAGCACGCAACUUCCUACUACCAGCACGCAACUUCCUACUACCAGCACGCAACUUCCUACUACCAGCACGCAACUUCCUACUACCAGCACGCAACUUCCUACUACCAGCACGCAACUUCCUACUACCAGCACGCAACUUCCUACUACCAGCACGCAACUUCCUACUACCAGCACGCAACUUCCUACUACCAGCACGCAACUUCCUACUACCAGCACGCAACUUCCUACUACCAGCACGCAACUUCCUACUACCAGCACGCAACUUCCUACUACCAGCACGCAACUUCCUACUACCAGCACGCAACUUCCUACUACCAGCACGCAACUUCCUACUACCAGCACGCAACUUCCUACUACCAGCACGCAACUUCCUACUACCAGCACGCAACUUCCUACUACCAGCACGCAACUUCCUACUACCAGCACGCAACUUCCUACUACCAGCACGCAACUUCCUACUACCAGCACGCAACUUCCUACUACCAGCACGCAACUUCCUACUACCAGCACGCAACUUCCUACUACCAGCACGCAACUUCCUACUACCAGCACGCAACUUCCUACUACCAGCACGCAACUUCCUACUACCAGCACGCAACUUCCUACUACCAGCACGCAACUUCCUACUACCAGCACGCAACUUCCUACUACCAGCACGCAACUUCCUACUACCAGCACGCAACUUCCUACUACCAGCACGCAACUUCCUACUACCAGCACGCAACUUCCUACUACCAGCACGCAACUUCCUACUACCAGCACGCAACUUCCUACUACCAGCACGCAACUUCCUACUACCAGCACGCAACUUCCUACUACCAGCACGCAACUUCCUACUACCAGCACGCAACUUCCUACUACCAGCACGCAACUUCCUACUACCAGCACGCAACUUCCUACUACCAGCACGCAACUUCCUACUACCAGCACGCAACUUCCUACUACCAGCACGCAACUUCCUACUACCAGCACGCAACUUCCUACUACCAGCACGCAACUUCCUACUACCAGCACGCAACUUCCUACUACCAGCACGCAACUUCCUACUACCAGCACGCAACUUCCUACUACCAGCACGCAACUUCCUACUACCAGCACGCAACUUCCUACUACCAGCACGCAACUUCCUACUACCAGCACAGCAGCGCCUGCACUUUCUGUCCUGCAGCAGCCUGGCAAGAUCCGCCUUGCACUGGCUCUAA